AGAUCCCGUCAAACUUCACCCCACGCUACUGGCCAGCUUUGGCCACGUAAAUUUCCUCCCUACAGUGUCUAGAAUGUUUCUGUGCUGUAGAUGCAGAGUCCUAAAUUAUUAAGCUUUAUGGAGCAUUAGAAUGUAUUGCUGCAAUUAGUGAAAGUCAAAAAGGUAAAAUGACAAGGCUUUCAGAUUUCAUUUUUGUUUCUUUUAAUUUGCAUUCAUUGUGCUUCAAUUUUGCCGUUAACCAUGCUGUACAGUGUAGAAAUAGAACCAAUUCUCCUUCCAAACAUUCCAGAGAGGAAGUAAUUUCUGUUCCUUCAGACAUUAAAUUUUUCCUGCUCCUAUUUAGAAGUGAUAAAUAGUAACGGAUGUAUUACGGUUGGCUUUGCUUCCCCAUCGGCCCGAUUUGGCCUACAUCUCCCAUCGCGCACCGCUGCGCUCCCGCCGUGUCACCGCCGGCUCUCCGUCGGUGCCGGGCGGCGGCGCGGGGCCCGCCGGGAGCGCGGGCGGAGCGGAACGCUCGGUGUCCUCGGGCCGCCAUGCUGCCCGCCGCGCUGCCCGCCGCCCGCCGGGCGCUGCUGCCGCUGCCGCGGCCUGUGCCGCCGCUGCCGCCGCCGCCGCCGCGCCGCGGGCCCCCCGCCGGGCUGCGCGCCCUCGGCACCGGCCCCGCGCGGCGCUCGGAGGCGCUGGCCGGGGCGCCGCUGGACACGGCCGCCAAGGAGUACUCGCCCAAGGUGCGGCAGCUGGUGCGGGACAUCGCGGGGCUGACGCUGCUGGAGGUGGCCGAUCUCAACGCGCUGCUCAAGGAGACGCUGAAGAUCCCGGACGUGGGGGUGAUGCCCGCGGCGGCCGCCGCCUCCCUCCUGCCCGCCCAGGCGGCUCCGCAGGAGGAGGAGGAGGUGGUGGUCCCGCUCAAGAAAGAGAAGACUCACUUCACCGUCCGGCUGACGGAGCUGAAGGCCACUGACAAGGUGAAGCUGAUCAAGGAGGUGAAGAACUUCGUGCCUGGAGUGAACCUCGUGCAGGCAAAGAAGCUGGUGGAGUCCCUUCCGCAGGAGAUCAAGGCGAACGCAUCCAAGGAGGAAGCAGAGAAGAUCAAAGCAGCGCUAGAGGCAGCGGGAGGGACUGUUGUUCUGGAGUAGUCUCGCCGUGGAGAGACUGGUGCUACAGCUGCUGCCCAGGCCGGGCUCCGGACCUUUCCGAGUGCACGUGGCACAGUGGGAGCACUCUCCCAAAGAAUGCUGUAUGGUUUGGCAGAGCUGCUACUUCCUGCCAUCACCAUGAACUCUACCUUAUAAAUACCCAAAAAAAACCUGUAAAACGAUUCAUCUUUCUCAAGUGCUGAUUAUCCCCAUGCUCCCCGUGUCGUGGAAUCAGAAUGGUUAGGGUGGAAGUGACCUUGAAAGAUCAUCCCAUUCCAGCCCCUUGCUGUGGGCAGGAACACCUUCCACUAGGCGAGGUUGCUGCAAGCCCUGUGCAGCCUGGCCUUGAACACUUCCCGGGAUGGGGCAGUCACAGCUUCUCUUCACAGCAGCCUGUGCCUGGGCCUCACCACCCUCACAGACAAAAAUUUCCUCCUAGAAUCUAAUCUAAACCUACUCUGAGUUUGAAGCCGUUCCCCCUUGUCCUGUCACUACGCGCCCUUGUAAAAAGUCUCUCUCCAUCUUUCUUGUAGGCUCCCUUCAGGUACUGGAAGUUUGUACCAGCGCAUCAUGCACCUCCUUACACUGCCUUUUGCUGAUGGUCUCACCGCUGUUAAUUACUAGCGAGAAGAAUACACUUCCACAGGUUGUGGAGAUGUGUGUGGGGUGGGGAAGUGUAUUCUGGAGCUGCUGGUUAUCCCUGCGCUCAGUGUGUGCGCGCUG